AGAGAGUAUUUCUUUUACUUCUUUUUUUCAGGUUGCACAUACACAAAUCAGGGAAAAGGAAAUUCUUUUUUGGUUAAAUUGUUGAUGGAGUUGUGGGAGAAGAUGAUGGAUCCUAUGCGCAAAGCUUGGAGUAGAGUUUCUACACGUAUUCACAUUCGUAAAAUUGGACAUGUAAAGCUACACCGUGAUGUGAGGAAAUGUGAAUAUGAAGAUGUUCAAAUUUUGUGGGAUAUGCUGAAAAAGAACGAAAAAGGAUCAGUUGCUUCUAAAUCUCCUUCUGGACGCAAAAAAGUUCAAUUUUGGGAUAUUAUUGAUUGGACUAAACGUGCUCCCUUCAUUUGUCGUAGCGUGUGAACGAUCAAUAUGUUUUUAUUGUGUUUUUCU